UAAUAUUUGUAAUUAUCUGUGGUCGUUUCUUACCGAGAGACACCUGUCGGUGCCAAAUGAAAAUAAGGAUAAAAUGGUUACCAGAUGGACUAAUAGAGGCUUAGCGCAAGGUGACCCUUUGUCUCCUCUUUUAUUUAAUUUGGCCACUUAUAAAAUUUGUCAGCAAAUACAAAAUGUUAUUGUUGGUCAGUAUGCAGAUGAUUUUGUAUUGUAUUUCAGUCAUAAGGAUUUCAGUUGUUGUGAGGAUGAAAUUCAAGCCGCUUUGGAUGUAACCGUAUCUCUUUUAAAUGAUUUGGGAUUGGAGCUAUCUUCAAGUAAGACAAAACUAUGUGUAUUCAGUAGAGGUCGUAGGCAGCUGGUACCCAAUGUUAAAAUAAAUUCGGUGACAUUAUCUUCCAGCGAGUGUAUAAAAUAUUUGGGACUAUGGUUGGACAAAAAACUACUGUGGAGCAAGCAUAUCAAUGAAGUAAGCGAAAAAUGUUUAAAAUUUUUGAACAUUUUAAAAGUACUAACAGGGUCAUCUUGGGGAGUACAUCCUAAUCAUAUGCGAAAAUUAUAUUUAUCACUUAUUAGAAGCAGACUGGACUAUGGAAGUGGCUUGUUUGGAAAUAGUGCUCAAACACAUUUAAAAAAAUUAGACAAGGUUCAAAAUCAGGCUUUAAGAAUCAUAGGAGGUUUCCUUAAGAGCACGCCCAUACAUGUGAUGGAGAGUGAAUUAAGUAUACCUCCCCUGUAUAUAAGAAGAGUUCAGUUGACAUACAAACAUUGUUUGAAAUUUCAAUCAAUUUCAGAAAACGAAAGUGUAAACCUUCUUGAUAAGUUAAGUACUCUGUGUCAAUUUAAAUACUGGAAGAAAAAAAAGAAACCACUGCUAGUAGAAUGUUAUGAAAAAACCAAACAUGAGAUUAUCCAUUCAUCUGCUCCUCUGGAAAUGUUUACUUUGAAUAUUUGGGUCUCAAGCAUAGAGUACAAGAUUGAGAUUAAUUUAAAAGCCGUCAAACAGGCAAAAGCGUCUUACGACGCGAGUGUCCUCAAGUUUGAAAUAAUGAAUGAAAUCCAAGAGAAAUAUUGUGGAUGGCACAUGUUGUUCACUGACGGGUCGAAAAGUGAUGAAGGGGCAGGUGCGGCUUUUUACGACUGCACCACCAAUUUCUCUGAAGGUUUUAAGGUCGAUCCCUGUCUGUCUAUAAUGUCCGUUGAACUCAUUGCAAUUUUAAAGGCAGUAUCGUACAUAAGAGGGCUGGGUAUACAAAGAUGUGUCAUCUUCACUGAUAGCAAAAGUGCGCUUCAACACCUGGCUCGAUGCGCCUCUGGAAAUAGCAGAGGUAUAUCGAUAGCCUACGAUAUUUUGGCACUUUUGUAUGAAGUAGUUCAAACCGAUGUUGAGUUAAGAUUGCAAUGGGUUCCAUCUCAUAUAGGUUUGGUGGGCAAUGAGAAGGUUGACUCAUUAGCAAAAGAAGCAAGGACCAGUGGUUCUAGCACUACUAUUUCACCGGAUUAUGUAGAAAAGUUUUCUAAAUUCAAAAAUAUUACCUACAAUUUAUGGAAAGAAUAUUUUAACCGUAGAUCAUUGGAGAAAGGAAUUUGGUAUAAAACGCUACAGAGUCAACCUCCUCAAGUGCCUUGGUUUAGUAAUGUAAAACUUAGUAGAAAUUUAAUUAAAGUAGCAUUUAGACUUCGUUCUGGUCAUUAUUUAUGUAAUAAGUUUAAAUUUAUGAUGAAAAAAUCAGAUACUCCUAACUGUGAAAGAUGUGGUGUUUUAGAAGAUGUACAACAUAUACUCAUUGAUUGUAUUAAAUAUAAGUGUGAAAGGGAUCAACUAGUGAGAGAAUUAAUGUUAAACUACAAUGAUGUGGGACUUGCCCAGUCAAUAUUGUCAAAACCUAACUCGAUAGUUGCAAGAAAAUUUUACGAGUUUGUGUUUAUAUUUUCUCAGAAGUAGAUCUCUUAAUUAGGGUACGAUAGGGCUGACAUGCCAUUAAGGAAAAAGCCCUGUAAAAAAAAAAAUAAAGAGGAAAAAAAAAA